AACAGGUAACCGGUAAUAAGCAUCUCUUUCUCUCCGACCGUCUCUCUCUUUUGAUUAUGCUCGAGUAGGUUUGUCUGAAACGAACAUAUCUGACAUCCGUCUUGAGUACUCUUCUAGGUUUCCAAGAUGAAGACAGCAAAGGGGAAAGAUAAAGCUAAGACCACCAAGGAAGCCUUGAAGCCUGUUGAUGACAGAAAGGUGGGAAAGAGGAAGGCACCAGCUGAGAAGGGGGAGACUCGUAAAGAGAAGAAGGCCAAAAAGGAUCCUAACAAACCCAAAAGAGCUCCUAGUGCCUUCUUUGUCUUCCUAGAAGAUUUUAGGACAACUUUCAAGAAAGAUAAUCCAAAUGUGAAGGCUGUAUCUGCUGUUGGGAAAGCUGCAGGUCAGAAAUGGAAGUCAAUGUCUCAAGAUGAAAAAGCUCCAUAUGAAGAGAAAGCUGCGAAGAGGAAAGCUGAAUAUGAAAAGCUUAUGGAUGCAUACAACAAAAACUUGGAGGAAGGGAGUGAUGAAUCCGAGAAGUCUAGGUCUGAGGUGAAUGAUGAAGAUGAAGCUAGUGAGGAGGAAGCGCAGCUUGAGAAGGGAAAGGCAGGAGAUGAAGAGGAAGAUGAUGAUGACGAGGAAGAAGACUAAAUGUGUGUUAACAACUAUAGAUCCAAAUUGUGUGUACUUUUCUUUUUUACUUUCCUAAGAAAGCGAAACAGUUCUUAGCGGUUUGUUUCAGCUUAUUAUCCACAACAACAAUGUACCAAACUAUGUAACGUGACUAAACUCUCCUUCUAAUGCAUCUUUUGUUUCUUGAUA